UUUCCAUUUAUGCGCUAAAGCUACUUUUAACCACAUAUGUGUCAAAAAGACACAUAUGUGUGUACAGGACGACGGUUUUUCAAAUUCCGCGAUUUUUUCUUGAGACUGAUAGAGACUGUGAUACAUCAGAGUGAUCUCUUACUAGAGUGAUGAAAGAUUGUCGAUAAAAAUCGUCGGUACUUGAGACAGCACUUGUGUUGUACUCGUUGGUUAACGCGUGUGCCACGUGAUCACCGGUCGUACGUGAUCUCUCGUGCUUUUGUAGUCUCGUCGGUGAGAUUUGCGAUUGUGCCAUCGUCGUUCUCGUUACCGUCGUGCUGCCAGUGCUGCAUCGUGACCGCUGCUGCAUUCGCGCGAAUACAGAAUCCGGGAACUAACCUACAAAGAAAUGUCUACUAGCAGCUCGCUGCCGAAAUGGCAACUCGCCCUGGUGGUCGGGGCACCGGUCGCCAUCGGUCUCAGCUACAUGUAUUACAGAAACAGAAAAGGCAGCGGCACGAUUUCGGACAAACGGGGCAAUCAUAAAACUAGGCAGGAUACGAACGCCAACAAGUCACGCUCCAUCGAUGACGACGCAUCUUCUGCGAAUAACUCGCAGAAUCAAUCAUGUAAAUCAGAAAUGUAUUAUAAGAACGAAGGAAAUAAACAAUUUAAAAUGGGAAAUUACAAAGAGGCUAUAUUGCAAUAUGAGAAAGCAAUAGAAGUAUGUCCAAAGACGCGUAACAAGGAUAUGGCAAUUUUUUAUCAAAAUAAAGCAGCUGCCUAUGAACAAUUGAAAGAUUAUGCCACUGUAAAGCAAGAUUGUACGAUAGCAUUAGAAUUAUAUCCAGAAUAUACAAAAGCUUUAAUACGCCGGGCACGAGCUUUAGAAAAAUUGGGAGAAUUGGAAGAGGCCCUGAUCGAUGUCAACCUCGCAUGCCUUUUCGAAAGCUACAGUAAUCCAUCAUCGCUUUUACUGGCAGAUAAAAUUUUGGAACAGCUUGGGAAGCAACAUGCUGAGGCAGACAUGCAAAACAGAAAGUUCGUAUUGCCGAGCAAACAUUUCCUCAGGAGUCACUUGGCAUCGUUUACUAAGGAUCCAAUAUUUUCUAGAAUAAAGCAUAUAGACGCGGAAGAUACACCGCAAUUCUUCAAGAGACCGUUAAAAGCGUUGCAGAACGAAGACUAUGAAUCAAUAAAGUCGAUAUGCACUGAUAUCGUUAACAGUAACGAGUUCUCUACGUUACCGUCGUCUAAGAUGGAAAUAGUAUUGUUACAAGCUACGUUUGACAUAUUGUUGGGUCAAUACGAUUCCGCGCUCAAAGCUUUCAGUUCCAUAUUGGAAAGCAAGGACUCGUCCAAAGAUGUGAAAAUCAACGCUUUAAUCAAAAGAGCAAGCCUACACACGCAACUCAACUGUUCGGAGAAGGCUUUCAGUGACUUUGACGAAGCUAUUAAAAUUGAUGAAGAAUGUGCUGAUAUUUAUCUGCACAGAGGACAGGUGUAUUUACUUGAAAAUCGUAUGGAUGCAGCUAAGAGGGACUUUGACAAGGCGAUUCUUUAUAAUCCUGAUUUUACUGCGGCAUUCGUGAAAAAAUAUUACACGGAAUAUCGCCUUUUAAUUGAGGAAAAGCACAUUCAUCGAAUCGAAGAAUUUGUGACGGACGUUGAGAGGCAGUGCGAAAAGUUCCCGGAUCACGCUGAAUGUGAUAUGUUAUACGCUCAGAUAAUGUCGGAUAUAGGUAACUACGACAAGGCAGAAGCGUAUCUUGAAAGAGCACUGAAAAAAGAUCCAGACAAUGUAGCCAUUUAUGUGCACAGAGGUUUAAUACAUUUGCAGAAGACCUCUAGUACCGAUAAAACUGUGGAAUAUAUUAAGAAAGCCAUACAAUUAGAUGCGAAAUGCGAGUUUGCAUAUGAAACAUUAGCAACCAUCGAAGUACAAAGGGGGAACUUGGAAGACGCAAUACGAUUAUUUGAUGAAGCUCUGCGUUUGGCUCAUACAUCCCAACAACUCGUACAUUUAUAUAGCUUAAAGAAUGCCGCAAAAGCACAGCUCACUAUAAAGAAUAGAUAUAUGAAGUAGAACGCCAUUUAGGCGAUCAGCCGAACUGUGCCUCCUUCCGAAACGGAUAUGUCCUAAAUUAUCGAAAAAUUACAAAUAAAGAAGUACAUCGUUACCAAUUCCAAAGAA